AUCAGAAAGUAGCAGCCAUAUAGUCAGCCAAUAGUCCAGUCCCUUUACCUACCCACCCUUAAUAAUUUGCUGGAAGAAAACAAAGCUAGAACGAAUUCGAACGCUUUCUUUUCUCACUAUAAGACUCCAACAAAGCUUCAUUCUCAAGAUCAACUGCCCUUUCUUCCUUGGAUUCUUGAGAAUCAACCACUUUUUUCAUCUGGGUUUAUGUUUUAAACCAUUUCCCCUAAUUAUUGCAUCUAGGGUUGCUUUUCUUUUCGUGAAAUUUCAAAGAUUCUUUUGAUUCCGAAAGGUGGGCGUUGUUUUAGAUUCUUCAACUCAACUUAUGCUGUUACUCUGAAAGAAAAUAAAAGAAAAGAAGUAUUCUGAUUCUGAUUCUUCUUUUUUUUAUCCCCUUUUUGCAUCUCAUCUCAUCUGUCCUGUCUGUUUGUUAUUAAGUCAUUGAAUUGAAGGAGCUAACAUAACAUGGUGGAAAUGGAGAGUCUUUCUUGUUUGAUGCAAGAGAAUAAUAGUUUGAAGAAGAUGAUAAGAUGGAGUAAAGAAGAGAACAAAAUGUUUGAAAGAGCUAUAGCUAUGUUUGAUGAGGAAAUUCCAGACAGAUGGCAAAGAAUAGCAGCCAUGAUUCCUGGAAAAUCAGUUUCAGAUGUUAUGAAACAGUACAGUGAAUUGGAAGCAGAUGUUUGUGAUAUUGAAGCUGGAUUAGUUCCAAUUCCUGGUUACUUCUCAUCCUCUUUUACAGUAGAGAUGAUGGCCAAUUGUCGCGUUUUUGGUCCUUUGAGAUCAACAAAGAGACCUUUCAUUAACAGAUCUUCUUCAUCAUCUUCUGAUCAUGAGAGGAAGAAAGGGAUACCAUGGACAGAAGAAGAACACAGACGGUUUCUCAUGGGACUUGAAAAGCAUGGAAAAGGAGAUUGGAGAAACAUUUCAAGGAAUUAUGUCAUAUCCAAGACACCAACUCAAGUGGCAAGCCAUGCUCAAAAGUACUUCAUAAGGCAGAAUUCUCUUGGCAGCAGCACUGGCGGCAGCAGCAGCAGCAACGGUGGUGGUGGUGGCGGUGGCAAAGAUAAAAGGCGGCCAAGCAUUCAUGACAUAACCACCUUCCAUAUCAGUAGUAGUAGUUCAGCCUCCAUGUACAAGAAAAGUGGAAACAAAUCCCAAUCGUCGUCAAACGGGCAGACAAUUAACUCGCCAAACGCGUUUCUUAACUGGACUCGGGGUCGUGGUGACACAUUCGCUCAAUAUCCACCUUACGGGUUUGCAUCAAACAUGGCCUGAAGUUUAUGGAUGAAAUUAAUUUUGACACUGUUCAUUGUUCAAGAUAAAUAUGACUUCAAGUGAGGUUUCUAUGAAUGUCUCAUUGAUGAUACCAAGAAUAUUUAUGUGUCAAAUAGUUUCUUUCUGUCUAAAAUGGUUUAGUUUUCUAUU